CCCGUCGCCUUCGUCCUCCCGCACUCCCUUCCUUUCACUCCAACACAAGCGCCGGACCUCACUUCCCACUCCCCUUCUUCUACUCCACUCCUCACCGCACUCUCCAUGCCCUCCUCUUGAAGCAAAACUCGAUCUUUUUGCUAUAUUACUAGCCCAGUCGUCCUCCUCCCCUUCUUGGUCGCGGCGGCGGCGGCAUUGCGGGAUGGAGAAGGAGAGGAAGCAGGGGUUCUUCGCCGCGCUCAAGGAGGAGGUGGUGCGGGGGCUGUCGCCAGCGAGGUCACGGGGGAAGUCCCCGGCGAGGAGUGCGUCGCCGGCCAGGAUGUUGAUCCCGCGCCGGCGCAAGACCCCGCCGCCACCGCCGCCGGAGAAGGUGCUGCAGCAGUACUUGGGGGAGCAGCUCAUCGCGCGCUCCGGCAGCCUGCGCCCUGGCGGGGAGGCCCUCGCGCCGCUCAUUGAGGGGCCCGACGCUGAGCGCCUCGCCGCCGGCGACCCCGACGGCGAGGACUCCGGCCGGCGGGAGGGGUUCGGAAACUGGGUCCGCUGCCACCUGACGCGCACGCCGUCCAUAGCCUCCUCCUCCGCCGGCCCCGGCGGAUCGAGCGGCUCGUUCCGGCGGUCCGACCUCCGCCUCCUCCUCGGCGUCAUGGGCGCGCCGCUCGCGCCCAUCCCGUCCAAGGUGGCCGAGCCGCUGCCUCUCCUCUCCAUCAAGGGGACCCCCAUUGAAUCGUCGUCCGCGCAGUACAUCCUGCACCAGUACACGGCGGCGUCGGGCGGCUACAAGCUGCUGCAGUUGGUGAGGAACGCGUACGCGAUGGGCACGGUGCGGAUGGUGGCGUCCGAGUUCGAGACGGCGACGCGCGUCGUCAAGAACCGCGGUCCCAGCGGCCGCGGCGCCGCAGCCGUCGAGCAGGGCGGCUUCGUGCUCUGGCAGAUGCCCCCCGACAUGUGGUACGUCGAGCUUGCCGUCGGCGGCAGCAAGGUCCACGCCGGCUCCAACGGCCGCCUCGUCUGGCGCCACACCCCCUGGCUCGGCGCCCACGCCGCCAAGGGCCCCGUCCGCCCCCUCCGCCGCGUUCUCCAGGGCCUUGAUCCGCUCACCACGGCGGGGCUGUUCGCGGAGGCGCGGUGCGUCGGCGAGAAGAAAGUGAACGGCGAGGACUGCUUCAUCCUGAAGCUGACGGCCGACCCGCAGACUUUGAAGCUGCGCAGCGAGGGGCCGGCGGAGAUCAUCCGGCACGUUCUGUUCGGCUACUUCAGCCAGCGCACCGGUCUGAUCGUGCACAUCGAGGACUCGCACCUCACCCGCAUCCAGCCGCACGUCGGUGGUGACGCUGUCUACUGGGAGACCACCAUCAGCUCCGCCCUGGAGGACUACCGCCCGGUGGAGGGCAUCAUGAUCGCGCACGCGGGUCGCUCCGCCGUGACGCUGUUCCGGUUCGGCGAGGCCGCCAUGAGCCACACCAAGACGCGGAUGGAGGAGGCCUGGAGCAUCGAGGAGGUGGCAUUCAACGUCCCGGGCCUGUCCGUGGAUUGCUUCAUCCCGCCCGCUGACAUCCGGUCCGGCUCCGUGGGCGAGGCCUGCGAGCUGCCGGCGCACGGCGAGCGCGCCAAGACUGGCGCCGUGCACCCCGCGCGCGUCUCCACCGUGGAGCGCGCGCCCGCCCGCAAUGCCAAUGCCAAUGCCGGCGUCAGAGGCCGAGGCGAGAAGUUAGUGUGGAGAGUGGAAGUGUGAGUGUGAGGAAGCGCAUCAGUUAGCUGAAGUGCUAGAGAGAAUUAAACCAAGUCCAAUCUGUUCAUACUGGAGUUUAAUUUUCCUCAGCCCAACGAAUCAAAUUACUAACUUGUUGCAUCGAGAGCUGGUUUAGAUUUCUGUAAAUAGGAGCAUAAAUGAUCCUAGGCCACUCAUGCCUUCUCCUCUGGCCUGGAUGAACCAUUAUCCUCUGAAUGCAGAAUUUUUAGAGCCAACGUCCCCUGCCUGAAUCCCUAUUCUUGUAGGCCUUGAGAGCUGUACUAAUCAAGGUCUCUUGACCUUUCAUGUUACUGCCAUUUCUUGGUAUCAGUACUUGACAGCCCUGAUACCUAGUACCAACGCUCAAUUUGUGUUUGGUGCUUCUGCAAACCCCUCCAAAAGGAGCGGAGAAGAGCUGAAAACUCCACUGCUUGUCUUCAUCAUGUAAUGCU